AUGUUAUUCAAAGUAGAUUGCAUCGAUAAUGGUCCUGAUUUUCAACCUGUGGAAUUGGAAAGACAUGCAGCAGAGUACGCUGAUGGCUCGAACAGAUUUUAUCAAGUUUCUCGGGAUUUCUCAAAGCAAUACGCUCAUAUUUACUCAGCGAGAUUGAAUACCUUUAGGAAUAUAUUAGGUCCAAUAGUUUGGAAGAAGUGGGGUGACAGUUAUAAGAUUCUGAAAUUGUGUGAACUACGGGAGAAGAAUACCAUGUGUAUCAUUAUCGGAACGCUGUUUAAGCUACAAAAACUGAAACCUAGUAUCUUGAAAGAGCUAUCAGAUCAACUGGAGAUCAUUCCUCAGCCAGUAAGGACACAUUUUGUGCAUGAAGGAGACAGCCUUGUGCUGGAAGACGAGUUGCAAAGAAUUAAGCUUACUGGUGAUUGUAUUAACAUUAAUGAAGUGGUAACCGGAGUUGUCUGUGCAUUGCUUGGUUCAGAAAAUGAAGAUGGAGUAUUUACAAUGAAAGAUGUUUGUUGGUCUGGAAGUCAUGUCCAAAAGCCUCUGCCAUCACUUAGUUCGGACAGGUAUAUUGUAUUAGUGUCAGGACUAAACUUGGCAUCUAAAACUGCUGAUCACCUUUUUUCAUUGCAUUUACUAUUGGAGUGGCUGUGUGGGGUCACUGGUACAAGCCAGUAUCAAAUAGAACUUUCUAAAAUUGUUAGAGUUAUUGUGGCAGGUGGAGUAUUCUCAAGCGAAUCAUCUGAAAGUUCUUUCAAUGAAGCAGCAGUUAUAUCUGCUACGGAGUGUAUAGAUUCAUAUCUAGCGGCCAUCAGUGCUGUCACUCCCUUAGAUGUGAUGCCAGGCUGUAAAGACCCUUCAGGAAUCAUGCUCCCACAGAAACCUUUCCAUUACUGUUUGUUCCCUAAAGCAAUAGAAUACAAAUCAUUCAAUAGGGUUUCGAAUCCAUAUGAAUGUGAUAUUGGCGGCUUUAUCUGUCUCGGAACAUCAGGAGAACCAGUAAAAGAUAUAAUGAGGUACAGCAACCUAAACAGUCACAUAGAAGUGAUGAAGAAGACAUUGGAAUGGCGACACCUUGCACCUACAUGCCCCGAUACUGUGCCUUGUACUCCCUGUGUUGAUAUUGACCCAUUUGUUAUAUACAAUUGCCCAGCCAUCUACUUCUGUGGCGAUGCUGAUUUAUUUGCCACUGAGAUGUAUGAAGGAGAAAAUGGCCAAAGAGUGAGAUUGGUGUGUCUGCCAGACUUCUGCAAAACAAAGACUGUAGCACUUAUCAACUUAGCUAAUCUAGAGUGUCACAGUAUGAUGUUUGGAUAAGUUAAAUGGUCUUGUGAGACAAAUUCAUUAAUAAUUUUUAUUUAAUAAAAUACGUUUCU